AUGGCUACUACCACGACGGUCACCAAGAGAGCAGGCGCCGUGGCCUCAAUCAAGCUGCCUGAGGAGGAGAGCCGGUUUCCCGAUAUCAACACGAUUCGGGCGGCCAUCCCCAAGCACUGCUUUGAGCCGUCUGUCGCCAUCUCCAUGGGCUACCUGGUGCGCGAUGUGGUCAUGAUUGGAGCCCUUGGCUGGGCUGCCCUUACUUACAUUCCCACCAUUCCUGACGCCACCAUCCGGACCAUUGCCUGGAUCGUCUAUGGCUUCGUCCAGGGCCUGGUCUGCACCGGACUCUGGAUCCUGGGCCACGAGGCUGGACACGGCGCCUUUUCCCAGCACUCUCUGCUGAACCACGUCGUCGGCUUCUUCUCCCACUCCGUCCUGCUGGUGCCGUACUACUCCUGGAAGUUCUCCCACCACCGCCACCACAAGUACACCGGCCACAUGGAGAAGGACAUGGCCUUUGUUCCCCGGACCCAGCCCGACUACGCCAAGCGAACGCUCGCCGCCCUGGAGAUGCUCGAGGACACCCCCGCCUACCAGUUCGUCACGCUCAUGUUCCACCAGCUCUUCGCGUGGCAGAUCUACCUGCUCUUCAACAUCUCCGCCGGCCGCAACAGCCUGCAGAAGUCCGCUACGACCAUGUUCGGCAAGAGCCACUUUGGGCCCAACAGCGCCGUGUUCCGCCGCAGCGAGGCUCCUUUCAUCUUCCUGUCUGACGUCGGCCUCGCCAUGACGGCGUUUGCGCUGUACAAGCUCGCGGGAGCUGUCGGAACGGGCACCAUGCUGCUCGUCUAUGCGCAGCCUUACUUCUGGGUUCACCACUGGCUGAUUGCCAUCACUUACCUGCACCACACCCACAUGGAGGUGCCUCACUAUGAUGCCGAGAACUGGACCUUUGUCAAGGGCGCCCUGGCGACCGUUGACCGCGAAUUUGGCUUUGUCGGCCGCCACCUGUUCCACUGCAUUAUUGAGCACCACGUUGUUCACCACCUCUUCCCUCGCAUUCCCUUCUACUAUGCUGGAGAGGCCACCGAAGCCAUCAAGCCCGUGCUUGGCGACCUGUACUACCGCGAUGAGCGAUCCUUCCUGGGCCAGCUCUGGAGCAACUUCACCAAGUGCAAGUACGUCGUGGCCGAUGAAAAGACCCCCGGAGCUCUGCAUUGGGCGCAGUAA